GAAUCAUCGGAAGCACUGCAACUCUGUUUGUUCAUGAAUAUGCUACCCAGACUCCCAUUUGGCCAUUUGGCUUUUGUCAAUAUAUCACUGGGAAGCAAUCUACAAAAGGGUGCUUCAAUUGGCUGAAUGCGUAAUCACCAUUGCUUCUUCGAGAAUCACGAUGCAGGAUUGCUUGAAUUCAAUUCAACAACAGAGAAGUGCCAUAGUGCGAGGCCGUGUGCCGCAACUAAAGGGAGCGUCAGGAUCGCCGCACACAAACCUCCAUAUCUCGCCACUACCCCGGACUACGGGGUAUAGCGAUGGCCGAUGAGAAUGCCAUACAUAUCUGUGGCUUUCUUGGCUGGCUACUAUGGCGAAUGAAAGGAGCUUGCAGUUGUUUGAUGAAUCAUAGGCAUGCCAUCGACAAAGAAGUCAAUUUAUUGACAAUAACUUCAAAUAUUAGCCUCAUGACUUUUCCACACCCAUUAAGUUAAUCAGUAAGCGGACGAUGUUGCAAUUGUUCUCGACUUCUCUGCCGAGCAGGCAUGUGUCGCUGCUUCCUUAUUGAGAUUUAGACUGCCUCGUUGAAACUUUUAGGCACACUUGUCUGCCAUUAACUCCAUCGAUUAUCCAAGGGAGGAAUUACUUGGGGGAUCGAAAUCAACACCGUCAACCCAAACAAACCCAAAGCCAAAGGCAAACCCAUCAUGGAGGAACAUAAAAACGAGAUCGAUAUAUACAAUGCAUCGGAUUCGCUUUCCAAAAACAACACACCAGAGGAAUCUGCACCAGUGAACAUACCUCUGCAGAAAGAACUAAGUUCGAGCCCUGACGAACUCGAUGGCGAAGAGGCAGUUUACCCUCAUGGCUUGAAGUUGGUCGUCAUUCUCGCCGCGCUCUGCCUCGCGGUCUUUCUAGUAGCUCUAGAUCAGACCAUUAUCGCAACUGCCAUCCCAAAAAUAACAGAUCAGUUCAAUAGCAUACAAGAUAUUGGAUGGUAUGGAAGUGCAUAUCUGUUGACGACCACGGCUCUACAACCGACUUUCGGUAGGAUAUAUACUAUAUUCAGCAUCAAAAUUACCUUCGUCGUGGCUAUCGUCAUUUUCGAAAUCGGUUCUUUGGUUUGCGCUACUGCGCUGAAUAGUACUGCAUUGAUUAUAGGUAGAGCUGUUGCUGGUAUCGGUGUCGGUGGCUUGUUCUCGGGAGCGAUUGUUAUUUUGGCAUAUUGUUUACCCCUGCGAAAACGGCCAGCUGCUUUUGGUCUGAUCGGAGGAAUGUGGGGGAUUGCUUCGGUCGCUGGACCAUUACUUGGAGGUGUCUUCACAGACAAGGUAUCUUGGCGGUGGUGCUUUUAUAUCAAUCUACCUAUCGGCGCUAUCGCUAUUGCUGUGAUAGUGGUCUAUCUCAAAAUCCACCGCGCCAACAACCCCGAGAACCUCUCCAUUCUUGCCCGUAUCAUGAAGCUGGAUCUCAUCGGCACUAUCAUUAUCAUCCCGGCCGUUGUCUGCCUUCUACUUGCUCUCCAAUGGGGCGGUACGACAUACCCAUGGAGUUCUGCUAAGAUCAUCGGUCUUCUUGUUGGAUCCAUCUUGCUAUUCAUUCUGUUCGUCAUCUCCCAAAUUGUUCUUGGCGACAAAGGCAUUCUGCCUCCUCGCUUCUUCAAAAACCGUAACACACUACUGGCAUAUGUCUUCGCAUUUCUCUUCGGUGCAGGUUUUUUUGCUUUGAUCUUCUACCUGGCAAUCUAUUUCCAGUCUGUUAAGGGAUCUUCCGCUACUAGAGCCGGCAUUGAACUCCUUCCGCUCUUGAUAUCCACUGUCAUGUCCUCCAUAGUGACUGGAGGUCUUAUCACUGUAAUCGGAUAUUACACCCCCGUGAUGAUUUUUUGUAUGAUACUGUUCGCUGUCGGUUCGGGUCUCAUCACUACCUUCUCUCUUACCACACCAUUUGCUUCGUGGUUCGGCUUCCAAAUCAUAACCGGUAUUGGAAUUGGCGUCGGUUUUCAGGGCGGCGUCCUAGUAGUCCAGACCGUUGUCCCACUAGUAGAUGUUCCAGUCGGGUCAGCCUGCGUGUCGUUCUUCCAAUCCCUGGGCGGCGCCCUCUUUAUAUCUGUCUGUCAAACUCUCUUUCAAAAUGGUCUAAAAUCUGGAAUAGAAAAGUAUGCUCCACAACUUGAUCCUCAAUUAUUCUUACACAGCGGAGCAACGGAAAUCCAGCAAUUGCUAGCACAAUUAAAUCAAGAAGAAGCGAUAGGUGCUGUGCGACAAGCUUAUGUGGAAGGCCUCACGCGUUGUUAUUGGGUGACUACUGCAUGUGCGAUUGGCAGUUUCCUGGCGGUAUGCGGACUGGAUUGGAAAAGUGUGAAAAGGGGGCAUGGACAGGAAAAAGAGAUGGAGAAGAGGAAGGAAGAGAAGAACAAAAUUGCAAACGGUGGAGAGAUGGCCCUGUAAGAUAUGGAUAAGCGGCGUGCACUUGACAGUUCAAACUUUUCCAUACACUUGUAAAUCUUGCAUUACUAGUAGAGCAUCCACUCAAUCUAGCAUUAAACUCGGAGCUCUCCUGAUACAGCAACAUCAGUCAAGUCCUUGGAAUCAUUUGAUUUCGAGGCCCAAGUCAAAGAUAUAAGAAUAUUAUACAUCGAUAUCGUUAAGCCUCAAGCGACUACUUUAUAUCAAAAUGAAGCCAGACAUUGAUGUCUACUUUCGAAUCUUUGAGCUAGGGAUAUCCA